CAUCUGAAAUGUCCUCUCUUGACGUGGGUCGCUCUCCGUGUUGUUGGAGUCUUAGCGCUCCUUAAAAUGCUUUGGCUUUUCCUGCCAUUCAAAGAAUAAAUAAAUAAAUUAACGAUGGGCUACUGCAUGACUGACGUCCUUAUCCCUCUAAUCCACUAAAAGCCAAUCUGGAUUUAAAAGGCGGUCACCCGAGCCUCCCCGAGAUGUAAACAAGCCGCCCGUGUCCCCGCCGAGGUCGUCUCCCACCGCCGUGCGCGUCCAGAAUGGGAAACGGCAAGAGCAGCGCCCUUUCCAGAGGAAUAUUGGAAGACCUGAAGCUCAACACCAAGUACAGCGAGGAGGAGCUCUGCACCUGGUACCAGUCCUUCCUCAAGGAGUGCCCAUCCGGGAGGAUCAGUAAGGAGCAGUUUGAAAACAUCUACGCCAGCUUCUUCCCCGACGCCGACCCAAAAACGUACGCGCAGCACGUCUUCAGAAGCUUCGACACCAAUGGAGAUGGCACUUUGGACUUUAAGGAGUACAUCAUCGCUUUGCACCUGACCUCCUCCGGGAAAACGACCGAGAAGCUGGAGUGGGCGUUCGCGCUCUACGACGUCGACGGCAACGGGACCAUCAACAAAAAGGAGGUCCUGGAGAUCGUCACGGCCAUUUUUAAAAUGAUCAGCCCUGACGAUCAAGACGAGUUACCAGAGGAUGAAGACACGCCGGAGAAGAGAACCGAUAAAAUCUGGCAAUUCUUUGGCAAGAAGGAAAACGAUAAGCUAUCAGAGGGAGAGUUUAUUCAGGGAAUCACGGAAAACAAGGAAAUUCUCCGGCUGAUCCAGUAUGAACCGCAGAAGGUGAAGGAGCGGAUAAAGGAGAAGAAGCACUAGACGCAGAACAUGUCCCCUCACAGCAAAGACUCUCUGCUUCAGUAUGGGGGGGGGGGGGGGGGGGG